AGCCGCUACAGCACAGAACUUGCUUUGAUGUAUUUGUGGCAACAGAACUAUGAUAAAUCUCGGUAUUAUACCAGCUUGGCCUUUGAAAGCCUAUUACAGGAUUGGAGCAGUACCACAACACUGCUGGAGUUCUGUCGCAGGAACACUCUGCACAAAGUACAGGCUCUAGUGGAGCUCCAGGAGUUCUUGGAUUACAUUGGCCAUGACAAAGAUUUGUCUCAAUCAAGACUGUCUCAUCUGAUGAAGCUUUGGAGUGGGAGAUUACCUCACCAGCUGUUGGAUCCUAUGCCCAUAUGGGAUGAUGUUGUCACUAAUAG